AUGAAGAUCAGUACAACACUAGCCGUUCUGGCGUUGGCUUGGGGCGUUCGUGGUGAUGGCUCGACCAUCACCGUGUCCACGACGCAGUUCAAUCCGGCCAUUACGAAUCAAGGCGGCACCACCAACGCUGCGGGCACGUUCAAUGUCUCUCCGCUGGCGACGUCGAUGAGCUACGAGUUUCAAACGCUGCAGCAGACGUCGACGUUCGUUCCGGGUGCGGUCAAUACCCAGGCUGCCCAAGGGGGUGGUGGAAAUAGCGGUGGGAACGGCGGAAGUGGAAGUGGAAGUGGAAACAGUGGAAAUAUCGGGGGGGGUACGGUGGUGGUCACUGCAACCGCACCAACAAGCACAGUCAAUAUGGGAAGCACGUCGGGUGCAGGAGGGUCGAGCGUCGCAACGGCUAGCAAUGGUCUGCCGAGUCUGGCGUUGGGAAGCACCAAUGCCGCGGUGCAACCACAGAUGGCGAGCGUCUGGCCAGCAGUGGUUGCGGUCCUCGGUGCAACGAUGGGCGUCCUCGCCCUGGCGUAA